GCGUAUGUUGCGCGUGCGCUCGCCGGCAUGAUUCAGAAGGUCGGGCUGCUCCCACGCGGCAACCAUCGCUCAGUUAAGGCGGCGUACCGCGUCUACACGGAUCACCGCGUGGUGAGGGGCGAGCGGCCAUGCACCAAAACGGACAGCCCUGGUGCGCUGUACCGGCGUAUAUUUGGUCUCUCGCGGCCAGUCGUCAUCGAGUUUCUUGGAGCAUGGGACACAGUCUCGAGUCUGGGUGGCAUCGGUCUCCCACGCCUGCCGUUCGCCGGCGGCGUGCAGGCCGUCAAGUUCUUUCGCCAGGCCCUGGCACUCGACGAGCGCCGCAUCCGCUUCACGCCCGAGUACCGCUACCUGGACCAGCGAGAGAGCCAACUGUGCAAUAAUGUCACUGAAGCCCAGGAGACACUGGCCAAGGCGAGGCGAACCGGUGAUGCCGCGCAAAUCGCGGCUGCUGAGAUCGCUUUCGCCAGAGCUGUCAAAGCCCGCGAAGAGGAGUACCCUACGCACUCGUGGACUUUUGACAACGGACGGUUGAAGCGUCGCCGGAUUGACUGCUGGUUCAUGGGCUCACACUCUGACGUUGGCGGUGGCUCUGAUUUCAACGGUGACCCGUCCCUUUCCAACAUCCCUUUCAGGUGGAUACUGCGCGAGGCAGUAGACUGCGGUAUUCUCCUCAGCUCGACAGGCGUGCGCUACCUCAAGGCGGUGGCCAUGCCCUCCGGUCCGCCUGGGGGUGACGGACAUGGCGAGAUUCGCGAGUACCCGAGUGAUGCCACCCUCCGCCGCCUGGAGAGACUGGACAACAUAGUCUCUGAUCAACUCGUCAACCCUCAGUCUGAACAGGACCGCCGGCAAGAGCUAGAGGAGCUGCGCAGCAAGAUUCCUCAAAGCGAGCUGCGCAAGCUGGUGUAUCUGGUCGCGCAGCGGGACGUGUGUGCGGGCCCGCCGUCGAUCGACGCGAUGCGCCCGCCCAAAGUAAGCCUCAAGAACAUCUGGUGGUUGCUGGAGUACCUCCCGCUCAAGACGCGGCGAUACUCGCCCGAGCUUGUGACGGUCGAGCGCAGCUCGAAGUGGAUCAUCAACCGCGGACGCCCGCGGCAGAUGGUUGGGGAACAGCAUGUGCAUGUCUCGGUGCUGUGGCGGAUGCGCGCGCCCGUGUCGGACACGUUGCCGCUGUACAGGCCGACGGCGCGGCUCUGCAAAGGGUUCGAGUCGUGGGAGGCGACGCUGGAUUGUCCGGAUGAUGACAUGUGGGAGAGGUAGGCGGGCGCGGCGCGUAGGCGCGGCGUCGUAAUUGUAGAAGCGUGGUGACCUGUAA